AUGACUACCAAGUGGAUUGACAACAUGAAUUUAAAUUGUGCUGUAAAACUGCUGCGUUGUGAUGUCCUGCCAAUAUCUAGUAGUGAAGAUAUUGUUUCGGUGGCGGAUAAACAAGGUAAUGCUGAAGUAAAAAGAUCCGUGAGGAUAUCUAGAAAACGUACUAAAGCUGUUACAGAAAAUGGCAAUCAAUCAGAUAAUGUAAAAAAAAGAAAUUGCAUAAUCAAAAAACCCAAAUUGAGUAAAAUAGAACAAGGAAAAACUGAUGCUCCUCAAAAAGAAAUUGAAAACACCAAAAUCCAAGAUUCUUCUAUAAAGUCUACAGAUAGCUAUUUAAUUAAUGAUGAUCUUAGUGUAAAAUCUGGUUCUACACUUUGUCCAAAAAAUUUUAUAAAUAAUAAAGAAACAAUUUCUAAACAGCGGCCAAUAAAACCGAAACCUAUUAAAUUCAAAAUAUCCAAAUCUAUUAUUGCUGUUAGAAAAAAACCUAUAGUGCAUGAUGUAGAUAAAGGUAAUCCAUCUAACGAAACUGUAAAAGCUGAUAACUUUGUAGCACCAUUAAAAUCUACUAAAACUAAAACACCUAAAUCUAUUACAUUAAAUAGGAAAAAGCCUGAGCCGAAUAAUGUUAGCAAAAAUAACACAUCUUCUGAACUUGAAGAAAGUAAUGGUGUUAUAUCAAUAAAAACUCCUAAAAAUAAAACACCUAAAUCUAUUACUUCUAAUAAAAAAAAAUUGAACAAUGUUGAAACAAAUCAUGAACUUGAAAUAAAUGAUAACUUUGCUGUACCACAUAUUCCUAAGAGUAAAACAUCUAGAUCUAGUUCCAAUAGAAAAAAGCCCGCAGUAAAUAACAUAAACAAAAGUGACAUAACUAAUGAACAUGAAACAAGUAAUACAAGUGAAAUUCCUACAAAACGUUAUCGUACUUCAUUAAAAAAAGAAAAAUGUUUAAAUCCUGAUUUCUGUGCUAAUAUAUUUAAUACUGAAGACAGCUUACGUCUUACUCAGAAUUUAGGCAAAAUUUGUAAGACACUGCACAGUGACGAGGACUGUCCUUUGACAAAGUUAACUCAACACUUCGAUGAUACUGCCAUGAUGCUCAGAAGUAAUAAUAAACCGCCAAAAAUUAAAAAGAAAUGGAGUGAUGAGUGGAUUGUGGACAAAUUGUCAACAAAUAUAUCAAAAUCCAAAAAUGAAGAUUUUUCUAGCGAAUCAAUACUUGAUGUUAAUAGUAAAAAAAAAAUUGUGAAAACUCAAAAAUCAAAAAACGCCAACUGUAAAAAAGUGAAUACAAAGAUGUUAGAAGAACUUAGCCCAAACAAUCCAUUUGUUUUCCAUACCCCAAUUCCGGCUUAUGAUAAUACGGAAAAGUCAUCAAUAAAUGUUCCUGUGGUGCAAAAUGAUUGUAUAUCAAUAAAUGUUCCUGAGGUACAAAAUGAUAGUAUAUCAAAUAGUGUUCCUGUGGUGCAAAAUGAUAGUAUAUCAAUUACGUACAAUAUUCCUCUUGAAGAACCUAUACCAGUUGUCUUCAAUAAUGCCUUGUCUGAACCUGUUGGUAUUUGCAAUGUACCAUCUAGUGGAACCUCAUCUAACAUCUCUAUAAUGCAUACAACAGGUACUGAGAGUACAUUUUCCACUAACAAUGAUCAACAGUCUCAUUUAAGUACACUAGAACCAAUAUCUGAUUCUGAUUAUUUAUCAGUUUCAACGAUAGGCAUCGAAAAUCCUGAAAUGAGUUAUGGCAUGGCUAUACUAUCUGAAGCCAUCAGCCGGCAAUGUAGAGAAUUGGCCAAUGAACAAAAAAAAAAUUCACGUGAACUGGAUAUUAUCGAGUCCCAAGAAAGCCCCAAGAAAGAAGACAAUACAUCACAAUCACAAGUGCCUAGUGCUAAGGUAUCACCUCAAAGAGUUGUUAAGAAAGUGUCAAGAAAAAUACCUAAGUGCACUGCAAAAUUGGGGUUGCAGUCUGUUAAAAAUGAAAUAGAAUCACGUAUAGACCAUGCACUUAAUCUCCUUUCUAAACGUUUUGACAUCCCAAGUGACUUUCUCAAGAAAACAGUUGUAGAUGAACCCCUUUCUGUAUUCCAAAAAAAGUACUGCAAAUCAGUGACACCAUCUAUGGUAGAAAUAUCACCCAUAGAUGUAAAUGCAAAGUCAGGAUUAAACGUAAAUUUAGAGUACAAGUUGGAACCUAUCAGAGAGAGUGCGGCCUAUGAAAAAAAUAACUUAAAAGACUUGAUGAUUGAACUUUCAAAAACAAUGCCAUCAUGGAGCUUGAGCAUUGUCACCAAUCCAUCAAGAUAUGUAAUUUCGCAUAUGUCAAUUAGCACGUAUGGCGUCCCCAUUGCAAACAAAUGUAUUGUACUGGACAAAAUGUUCAGAGCUUCGGUUUACAUCAAUCAAUCUUUAGAACAUAAACUUUCUAAACGUUACACAACAGCAACCGAAAUUGUCAAUCUUAUUAAAGAGUUAAAUUCUAUAUGA